AGGUCAUUUUAGGUCCAUAAGCUACAUGUAGAUAUAUAUACGUUAAGAUUUGAAUCUUGUUUAUUGUUUAUUGUUCACAGUUUUCUAUUUCAGCCGAAUAUUUGCCUAUAUAUAUAUUUGAAGCAAGGUACCAUAUUCAGGUUACAAGUCUUUAAGAAAGGAGAAUGCAUAUUCAAAUAAUCAUACUUUGCAUGGGAUAUAUAAUUUCCUGCGCCCACGCAUCAGUUCCAAUGAAAUUAUCCAGUACAUGGGGAAGGUAUGGCGAAUUAAAGACGUCUGCGUUCUGCACGUUUGAUAUUACAGAAAAGCAAAGAAAGGGUGCAUGGGAAAUGACAAUAAAUACCAAUAUUCCAACAAAAGAUAUAAAGAUAUGGGUAAUGACAGUCACAGACCGCCUAGAUGACGGUAAAACUUACAAAAUGAAAAGCAAGUAUGAAUAUGGGCCAAAGACUAUAGACGUACAUUUUAGACUAACGUAUAACGAGGCAUAUAUCCCAAUUUCUGGUUCAUGUUCAAGCAGUGUCGAGGGAACAGCAGCUAUUUUAAAAGAUGUCGGAAACAUUAUUCAUGAGAAUGACUGGGAGGAGAAUGGUAUGAUGGUCAUACAAGGGAAAUGUAUCUUACCUAUUGAAAAGACACUUGAAGAUUUUUAUAUAUCUGUUACUUUGAACGAAGAAACAUCAGAGUUAAAGAGCUGGAGCACAACCGAGUUUUCAAGAGACCCAAGUGGCCGUUGGUACUUUUUGAAGAACAAAUGGACAGCGAACCCACCAGAGUUACCUUUUAUUUUCCACAUUUAUUACGAUGCUGACAAACCCCCGACCGGAAAUUGCGAUAUUUUGAUGGGAAGUGAUCCAAAACCACCUAUAACACUAGAACCAUCAGUGUCACCUACAACCAGUCAGACAAUACAACCGACGACAACGCCGAAACAAACAACAUCAGUUACAACAAAGCAGAUUACAACAACAAAAACGCAAACAACACCAGUAACAACAAAAAGACAGACAUCACAGUCAACAACGAAAAGUCAGACAACACCGUCAUCAACGAAAAGUCAAACGACGCAACCAACAACACAGUCACAAACCGCAUCACCAACAAUUCAACCAGGUAAAUUCAAGCAUAAAUAA